GCUUGGGUGUAUUGGGCGUUCUCAGUGUCGGCGUCAGAGCACAUCCAGAAUGGGGACAAUAGGUCAGCACGGGGGCACAUGCGUGCGCACACACACAAUAUUGUGUGACAAAGUAUGAACAGACCCAAUCACUCAGCGGAAGCGGCUGUGCGGAAACGGAACGUAGCCUUGGUGGUGUCUCCCUCGAAUCACUCCGGAAGGAAACCAUUGACGCGGAGCUGAGUGGCUGAUUGCUGUCAUUCGUCGGGUGGGGAAGCUUGCCGGUGCGAUCGUGGCAUCCGCGGAGUGGAGCAGCAGCGAGUGUUGCCUGUAUGUAAAUGACCCACUGCAACCCAGCGUGUGCGUGUGUGCGCGCGCGCGCUUGUCCCCUGAGGAUCUUCUUUCGUGUCGUGCACUUUAGCGUGUUAAGAUUGAAGAUUUAAACACGCUCUCGUUGAGUCUGGCGUCAACGCGGUUAUUGGCACCCUGCCGCAUCCUACUGACUAUGUGGAGUGUAUGUGUGACGGUCCUGGCGCUCUCCUCCGCUGCUGCCCUAAGCUCGGGAGACACUGGCCCACACAGGCCGAGACACGACUCAAACCUGGAGAUCUAUAAGCGUAUGUUUGAAACCAAGAGGAAAGAUCAACUCAACGCACUCAAGAAUCUGGUUGAAUUGAAUGACAUUAACCAGCAAUAUAAGAUAAUAGACAUCAUGCUGAAAGGACUCUUCAAGGUCUUGGAGGACUCCAGACAAAUCCUGGUCUCAGCGAAAAUGCAGCCCGACGACCCAUUCCCUCUGGACGAUAAAAUCAAAGAAGCUUAUUCCCAUGUAGUGGAGAACACAGCAUUUUUUGGCGACGUGGCCUUGCGCUUUCCGCGCAUUGUCCACCACUACUUUGACCGCAACACUGACUGGGGAGGUCUGCUGCGCUGGGGGCUGAAUUUUUGCAACCAGACCGGGGUUUUCACAGGAGGAGCCCACCAACAUGUCCUCACACUGAUGUCGCAGGAACUGGGAAUAACAGAGAAAUCUCCAGACUUCAUCAACCCUUACCGGACAGAAAGAGACGAUGUGCUUCACACUGCUGAGGCCUUCCAGAAGAUCCUGAGGGAGGAAGAGAAGAGGAGGAGGAAGGAAGAGAAAAGGAAAGAGAUCCGAAAAGGCCCCCGCAUAUCUCGCUCCCGCAGCGAGCUAUAGCAGCACACCUCGACAAUGCUUAGUGGAGACAAAGAAGUAGGGAACAAUCAAUUCACAAUGGUUUGUUUACCUUGUAGACUGACAAGAGUGGGAAACAAGCUGUCAUCACUUUGUCAAGCUGUGGAAGCUCAAAUGGGACAUCUCUAUGAUGUUAAAAAUGUGGGUUUUUGUUUUUCUCACAUAAGGUCUGAAUUGCUGUACUAUUACAGUGAUUUAUCAUUACAAGAUAAUGUUGUGUAAGAGGCAAACUAAGUCUGAAAGUUUAUUCUUUAUCACUUAAGGUAACAUUUUGUUUUGGAAUUAGGUUUAUGUAUGGAAUUACGUUCAUGUAUGUAAUUUACUUCAACGCUUUCCUACAGACUGCUGUUUUGUCUGGAUUUACUCUUUGUUUUUAAAUCCAUCUGCUUCAGGUUGCCAAACAAAUUUGAGUUUACCUCAUUGAAUGUGAUUAACCCGUUUCUGAUUAGGUUGCAUAGAUUAUUUUGGGUCUAAUGCCUGCUCAAUGUUGUACAGAUGUAUUUUCUAUUUUCAUCAGUCUUGUGAGUGAAAUCAAUGGCAAAGGAUUGGCAAUUGUACUUUUACCUUCAUUUUACAUUAGUCUUCAGUGUUUUGCAGGAAGUAGGCCUACUUUAGCCUAGCCACGUCUCUUUGUUGUCCUCCAUGUGCCGUUUGUUUCCUUUUUGCGUUUCAUUUUUAGUCACAUAAUUCUGACUGUUAAAUGCACACACCAGGCACAAUAUUUCUUGCAUUCGCACUAUACAAUGAGAUCUAAUAUACUACCCCCAUCAUGUAGGUAACCAAAAUAUUAGAAAGAUGUAUUUGUGAGACAGUGCAGAUCUGUAUCACUGCAAACUACACAUACUGGACCUUUAUUACAGUGCAGAUCUGAAUCACUGCAAACUACAAAUACAGGACCUUUAUUACAGUGCCACUUUAAACAGCAUUCAGCAGCUUUUUGUUUUGGAUUUGGAACUCAUUAAAAUGUGCAAACGUUGUAUUUCUAAUAUUGUGCCCGAUGUUAUCCAGUGGAAGCACAUUGUUGCUGCAGAAUGAACAAGCCAUUUUGGUAUGAAAUGUAAUUAAAGUGGAAGAU